UACGUUUCAGUAGAAGCGUAGUACAUGGCCGGUUUCUGUGAUUUCACGUGAAAUUUCCCACGUAAGCUACGUAAAAGCAGGCUCCUCUGCAGCGUCACUUUGAAUGAAAGGAGCGCUCAGUCCGAAGCUCAGUCAGAGGAGCGCAUCACCCGCAGCCGCUCGGGACUGGAGAAGUUGUGGCUUUUUUAACUUUCCUCCUCCGCAAUGGCUGAGCAUCUUCUACAUUACAACGAUUCUGCGGGGGUUGGAAAUAGAUUCGCCCGAAAAGGAGCUUUGAGACAGAAGAAUGUGCACGAAGUGAAGAACCACAAGUUUACUGCAAGGUUCUUCAAGCAACCGACGUUCUGUAGUCACUGUACAGAUUUCAUAUGGGGGUUUGGGAAACAAGGAUUUCAAUGCCAAGUUUGUUGUUUCGUGGUCCACAAACGGUGCCAUGAGUUUGUCGGCUUCUCCUGUCCUGGUGCCGAUAAGGGUCCUGACACAGAUGACCCCAGAAGCAAGCACAAGUUCAAGAUCCACACAUACGGCAGCCCCACGUUCUGUGACCACUGUGGAUCGCUGCUGUAUGGGCUUAUCCACCAGGGGAUGAAAUGUGACACCUGCGACAUGAACGUGCACAAGCAGUGUGUAGUCAAUGUGCCCAGCCUGUGUGGGACGGAUCACACUGAGCGUCGCGGCCGCCUUUUCCUCAAGAUCGACGUCAGUGGGGAUAGGCUACAUGUCACAGUGGGUGAAGCCAGGAAUCUGAUUCCCAUGGAUCCAAAUGGUUUAUCAGACCCCUAUGUCAAACUCAAGCUCAUUCCAGACCCAAAGAACGAGACCAAACAGAAGACCAGGACCAUCCGUUCCUCUCUCAAUCCCUGCUGGAACGAGUCCUUCACCUUUAAGCUGAAAGCAUCAGAUAAAGAUCGACGUCUGUCAAUUGAAGUAUGGGACUGGGACAGAACCACCAGGAACGACUUCAUGGGCUCUAUGUCAUUUGGGGUUUCUGAGCUCAUCAAGGCUUCUCAUUGUGGAUGGUACAAGCUCCUAAACCAGGAGGAAGGAGAAUAUUACAAUGUUCCCAUUCCUGAGGUAGACGACGUCAAUCUGGAGCUUCGACAAAAGUUUGAGAAAGCCAAGCUAGGCCAUGGUAAAAAGGUGAUCACACCAACAGACCACCGGCGGUUCAGUCUGCCCUCAGGUAACAUGGACAGGGUCCGGCUUAGUGACUUUAACUUUCUGGCCCUGCUGGGAAAAGGCAGCUUUGGAAAGGUAAUGUUGGCAGAGAUGAAGUCCACAGAGGAGCUUUAUGCCAUAAAGAUCCUGAAGAAAGACGUGGUGAUCCAGGACGACGACGUGGAAUGUACAAUGGUGGAGAAGAGGGUCCUGGCACUGAGAGACAAGCCGCCCUUUCUCACACAGCUCCACUCCUGCUUUCAAACUGUGGACCGACUUUACUUUGUGAUGGAGUACAUUAACGGAGGAGAUCUUAUGUAUCAUAUCCAGCGUAUGGGCAAGUUUAAGGAGCCACAGGCAGUGUUUUAUGCAGCUGAAAUAGCAGUUGGUCUGUUUUUCUUGCAUCGGAAGGGAAUAAUCUACAGGGAUUUGAAGCUGGAUAAUGUGAUGCUGGAUUGUGAGGGCCACAUUAAAAUAGCAGACUUCGGCAUGUGCAAAGAGAACUUGUAUGAAGGAAUGUCCACACGUACCUUCUGCGGCACCCCGGACUACAUUGCACCUGAGAUAAUAGCUUACCAGCCUUAUGGAAAAUCAGUGGACUGGUGGGCUUAUGGAGUUCUCCUCUAUGAGAUGUUGGCCGGGCAGCCUCCGUUUGAUGGUGAGGACGAGGACGAGCUCUUUCAAUCUAUCAUGGAGCACAAUGUGUCCUACCCAAAGUCCAUGUCUAAAGAGGCAGUGUCCAUCUGCAAAGGGCUGAUGACCAAGCAUCCAUCAAAGCGCCUCGGCUGCAGCUUGGAAGGUGAGCGGGACAUCAGAGAGCAAGCUUUCUUCAGACGCAUCGACUGGGAACGCCUGGCUAACAGAGAGAUCCAGCCACCUUUCAAACCCAAAGUGUGUGGGAAGGGAGCUGAGAACUUCGACAAGUUCUUCACGCGUACGCAGCCCAUGCUGACCCCUCCCGACCAGCUGGUCAUUGCCAACAUCGACCAGAGCGAGUUUGCUGGCUUCUCCUUCAUUAACCCUCAGUUCAUCCAUCCAUCUCUACACAGCGUGGUAUGAGGAGGAAAUACCCAACGCCCUACUGUCAACAGACUCAAAUGAUCCUCUAGUUUCUGCGUCAGAACAUAAUGCAAUUUAAGGGAAGGUGGAGAAUGGCAUGGCACUGAAAUUUCCGACUCAUCCUGUUGUGCGUUAUUCAGCCCAACUCUGUAUUCCCAAACUCCAAGCUGUAGUUUUCUGCCGUCCUACAGCCUUUUAUUAUGUGAAUGAAUGUGUCUCAGUAUCAGUUACUAUCUCUUUUGGUGUUAAAGGUACAAUACAGUUGUCCUUCGCAUCCCUACAAUGCAUAAAAGACUGGAGCAAGUUUUUUUGUUCUGCCUAAAUGUUAUCUACAUGUUUGUUACAUUUCUACACUCAGAAAGAGUUAGUACACUGUAACAAUAGUGCCAAAGUAGAGAUGGAGAUACAUUUCUAUUGCAGUUCUUGUUCCUCAUUUUCCACCUUUGGCCUUUCCUUAUCCUGUCGGUUUACUAAAACCCCUCAACAAGAGGCUGUUUGUAUCUGGUUUUUUUUUUGUAUGACGUAUUACUAGAGUAUAUCUGUCUCGAUCUGGACAGACUGAAUCAAACUGUAUUAUCGUUGCAAGCUGUCCUGCUCCUUUUUAGCGCAACAGAUCCUAGCUGCAGUGGACGAGUGUUAUUCAGAAAAAAAUUGAGUCGGCAAGAUGCUAUUUUUUCAUAUGCACAAAGCAGAUCUCUGUCGCAUGCUUAUUUUUUGACUCUGUGUGAGCCGUAGAGUCUAGGAUGCAGCUCACGUCUUGUAUGACUGUAAAACUUAGUGUUCCGAUAAAAGAAAUUCGUGUUCAUCAGAUUAAAGGUUUCCUACUGCGAAAACUUUUUGUUUCGGUUUUUGUGUUUGACUUUUGCUUUAGACUCCGAUAUUGUUUUUUUGUUUUGUGUGUAAAUAUGUUUUAAGAAGAGAAGUUACUUUCUGAUUUUAUACAACAAACUGAAUGUGAUUUUACUACCUUAGACGGUUUGAACAUUUCUAUGUUUAGAUUAGUCUUGGAAAGAGCUCUAUUUAAAGUUUGGCUGAUUCUUUGGUAGCUUUGGUAUCAGCAAACCUUGUCUUAUAUGUAUGUAUAGCAAGUAUUUAUCCUUUGUUUUCUACUACUCAGUGUCAUAUAGAGAAUAUGCAGCACUACCUGUUGGUGGAGCGAUUAUCCAAUGCCCCUCUUGCCUUGGUCCUGACAGGGUCGACUCCCUCUGUAGAAAAAAAACGAAUUCCAAACUGAGUCCUAAGCACCCUGUGUUUGAAAUGUGUUGUCUGUAUAUAUAUCGUUUGCAUGCAUGAGGCGAGGCCUGAUCCCAGCAUGAAAAAAGGCCCCUGCAUGAUAAAGAGAUGGUGGAGUUGUGCAGGAUGAAAAAACCAGCCAACAAUGUGUAUUUUCUUUCUGAUUUUUUUCUCUCCUCUUUCUCUGUCUUGUGAUCUAACCUGUUUGGCUAAAUAGCUCAGAUAUAAUCAAUAAGAUAUGAGAAUCCCUUAAGCUAUUUGUAUUCUCUGGUGCCAAAUACACAUUUAUGUCUUUUUUGCUACAGCGAGAUGUUAAUUAUCUUUCAAUAGAAAAUCUUUCAAAAAGCUAAUUUAUAGAUUCUUACAAAAUACUGAAAUUAAACAAAGCCUCCUGAUUUUGUUACAGUGACUUUAUUCAUGCCCGUUGAACAUUUUUUGUCAAAUUUAAAUGUCUUCUUUAGUAUUUUAUGUGACAGUGGAACACAAACUGGUCCAUAUUUGUAGAGCAGAGGGGAACUGAUGUAGUGACACAUCUUUUUGGGGUAUGUCAACACAGAAAAAAUGGUUAGGUAAUUUGUCAAGAGUUUAUAAGCAUUUUCUGUCAAAACUGCUGUUUUGGAUCAACUUUGAGUUGAAAAAGUGAUACUCUGGGUAUGAGUGGGAGCAAAUUUUCAGACCAAACAUUAUAUAACGUAAAGCAUGAGUGAAAGUUUUAUCUUAUGAGCGACUUUUAAUUAAUCUAACUCUUAAUUGAGGACAUUUUAAUCUUAAAAACAGCAAAGGAUAAAUUUUUACUCUUAGAGAGGGACCAAAUGUUCUAAAUAUUUUUUGUUAUUGUAGUAAAUUUCCUCUAACAGCUUUACUCACUCAGUCAGACUAGACAAAACACAUUUGUGAACAUUAGCCCUCAUUAGUCUGUCAUGCCAAGGACUCUGCAUUGAAUUUGUAGGAGGUAAAUUAGUAUAGAGGACAUCAGCAUUUUUUAAAGUAAACAUAUUUCUAAAGGUGCUAUUGAAAAAAAUGGUUCAGUACUAAUUUUACCCAUCUUAACUCAUGACUUUGGCUAGACCAUACUAACACAUGUGUAUGUUCCUAUUCAAACUCAACUGUUGUAGAUCUGGGGAUAUGUAAAUAAGAAAUUCUCCUAUUGGUCAACUUUGCAGCGAUCUUAAAGGUAUAGUGGAGGAUGUUCUUUUUCCGGGAGGAUCAUCAAAAUAAGUGGUCCUCCUAAUUGUCAAUCAUUCUGGUGAUAUGUUUAUGUAAGGCCAUCAUACAUG